AUGUAUCGCUCACUCCUACAUAACCCAACUCUACUCGCGGUCCGCGGAACCACGACCACACCUAUCCUCCGAGCUUCUACAUCUACUACCGCUUCACCAGCACCAUCGCAUACAACACGGCAUUAUGCAACACAAAGUAGUCUCGGCGGCAAUGGCUCCGGUCCUACCAGGAAACAGAUAUCCGUCAUGUCGGACGACGGCCGAUAUAAAUGGGCAGAAUUGAGCGGAAAGGAAAAAGUAGCUCGAGCUACGCAGCAAUCAUUCAAUUUUGUGAUUGUAAUUGUUGGUGUUGUCAUGACGGGCGGCGUUUUGACACUUUUAUAUACCGACGUUUUCUCACCCAAUAGCAAAACCUGGCAAUUCGAAAAGGCCGUUAGUCGUAUUAAGGAAGAUCCACGGGUCACAUCAUUACUCGGAAACAGCAAGGAGAUCAAAGCAUACGGCGAACCGACGGGCAAUCGGUGGACUAGGAACAGACCUAUUGCAACAUCUAUGCAGAAAGAUACGCUGGGUAGAGAGCAUAUGAGGAUCAAUUUUCAUGUCGAGGGACCAUUGAAUGAGGGCAUUGUGCAUGUACAUAUGAUCAAGCCUUUGGAUGAAUCGAACUUCCAGUAUCGAUUGCUGGCCGUAGAUGUGAAGGGCCACCCACGAAUAAUCCUCGAGCAGUCCAGUGAUGAAGCGUUAGGAGGGAAGAAAAGCCCCUUGAAGAUUCUUGGUAUCAACUGGCGUUGA